AUGAUGCCGCAAUGGGGUAUCACGCCCUUCACCUGCACACGGUGCACGCGGCGAUUGCUCUCCACCGGCCGUCCCUUCCUUCCGGGCCAUGGCAGCAGCAGCGCCAGCGGCAUCCGCGUCGCGACGCCGCGCAUUGCCGCCCGCUACUUCGAGACUGAGCAGCCAGUCAACUCCCUGCUCAUCCGGCGACACCUCAGCCGACCUGCGCGACCGCAGCCCGUCCGAAAUCACCUGCCCUCGUCGCCUCCUGCCGACCUUCUGACGACCGAUGAACUCGCCGAAGAAGAACACUCGCGCGACGCCGCGGUCGAAAAAUACCGCGAGGAGCACAAAGAGGAGAUAGAGAAGAAAUUGGGAGCUCGGUCCAGCCAGAGCACGCCGCUGUCGAUGAUACACCCGUGCUACCCACGCCCGUACGAGCCGCACCGGUACCUCUCGACGUUCAUGCCGACGGACCAGCAGCUGCAGCUGGCGCGCCUGUUCUUCGCCACGGGUGACCCGCACUAUGUCUUCACCUGCGCCUCGUUCCGCCAGUUCCCCCACGACAGCCCUCUGCCCGAGGUCGCCUUCCUCGGCCGCAGCAACGUCGGCAAGAGCAGCCUGCUCAACGCCCUGUUCGGCCGCCGCAGCCGCGGGUCGCCCGACAACCACGACACGGGCACGGCCAAGGUGUCGAAUCGCGCAGGCAAGACGCGCACGAUGAACGUGUUCCUGGUGGGCAAGGGCGCCCAGGGCGGCGCCAAGGCGCGCGAGACAGACAUGCAUGGGAAGGUGAUCAAGGGCAGCGAGAGGGAGAGGUGGAUCGGGCCUGGCAGGGGCGUGGCGGUGGUGGACAUGCCCGGGCACGGAUUCAAGAGCCGGGCCGAGUGGGGAGAAGAGAUCGUCAAGUACUUGACAAAGAGGAAGCAGCUGCGCAGGGUGUUCGUGCUCGUGGACUCGGACCACGGCCUGAAGCAGACGGACCUUCAGGUGUUGGAUCUCUUGCAAAAGCAUGGCGUGCCGCAUCAGAUCGUGCAGAGCAAGGUAGACAAAUUGCUGUUGCCGAAGUUGAGGGGCAAUUCGAAAAACAGGGUACAGAAAGGUCUGGAAGUGUUGAGGAAGAGGCAAGAGGCAAUAGAGAAAGAGUUGGCUAAGAGGGAGAAGCAGGGAAUGGGGAUGCCGGCCUUGGGGGAGAUAUUGUCAGUCAGCUCCGAGAAGGAAUUCCCGUCUAUCGACGCGCCAGGGAAGUUUGACAAGCUUGGGAUCAAUGGUCUCAGGUGGGCAAUUAUGCAGGCCGCCGGUUUGACUGAAUUCUUAGAGUAG